AUGAAAGAUGAUAUAUGUGGAAAUUUUGAUUAUUUGAGGAAGCAUUUAUCCGAUGAAUUAAAUGUAAACGCAGAAUUUGGCUUAGAACAAAUUAGUGAUUACAGUAAUUACUGCCCUAAUGGAGACUGUAACACUGAGCUCGAAAAAAUUACGAUUGGAUUUUUAUGGUUACUUGGAAAAUAUUUUACUGAAUACCCAAAUAAAGGUAAUACUAUAAAUAGUGCUAAACCAUUUUUUCUAUAUAUUAUUUUAUGGUUAAGUUACAAAUUAAAUCAAAAUUCAGACAAAAAACCCACCAACAUAUACGAUUUUUAUACUGAAAAUGUAAUUGGUAAUAAUAAAUAUAGUAAAUUUAUAGAAGAUUCAAACAAAUUUACAAAUAUUAAGGGAUUCAUAGACAAACAAAAAGAUUUUAUGAAUAUUAAUAUUAAAGAUUUGUCUAAACUUUAUGAUGCAUUUAAACUAUUAUGUAGUAUGCAUGAUAAUGGUGCAAUGAGUAAAGAUAGCAACAUACUGUUAAAUAGUGCGAAUGAAUUUGUUAGCAAAUAUCAAGAACUUUGUGAAGAUUCUAAUAAUACUGAUGGUAGUUCGUAUAAACAAAUAUUGUCUGCUUUAUCAACUGAUUAUAACAAUUUAAAAAAUAAACAUAGCAGUAAUACACCUCUUCCAGACAUAACAGCAGACAUGUCUGCAUACAUUUCUAGAGUUACAUCAUCAAGUUCGUCGACAGGAAACAAAUUAUUUACAAUUUUAUCGAUAUUUGGUGCAAUAGCAUUUUUUUUAGGAAUUUCUUAUAAGUAUUCGUUAUUUGGAUUUCGGAAACGAUUUCAAAAACAAAAAUUAAGAGAAAAACUAAAAAAUGUAAAGAAGAGAAUGAAUCAUUAA